UGUUACGAUGCUGGUAGACGGUGCUGCCCAUCUGAUGGUGAAACCUGCGGAGGAACGACGUGCUGUCAACCCGGAGCCAUUUGUUGCCCGAGUUCGUCCAGCGGAUGCUGCAUUGGCGGGGCUGUCUGUUGUCGUUCGAGCACUAACCCGUGCUGUCCGGGGGGAUCUACUUGCUGUGGGGACACCUGCUGCAGAGAAGGGGAAACUUGCUCAGCGGGCGGGUGUAUCAAUGAAGUUCAUCCGAACGAAUCGAGUAGUCCGAUUUGCUUACGACGAAUUGAGAAAUGGAGCUCUUCUUCGCAAUAUGUGUCGCGCGACGAGAUUCAUGAAUACUGUCACUCUGGAGUACGCAAAAGCCGAGAACGCGAUCCAGAAAUCUGAGAUCCGUCGGACCGCUUUUAUUGGAGGGUGCAGGGACGGAUUCUGCGGGGCCGUCACGGAACGAGGCACAUGUAACGAGUUCCCUCCAGCAAUGACGGACGAAGCUGUCCAAGGCGUCUGGCCGAUUUCCCGCCAAGUCAUCUCCUGUAUUCCUCAGAACCAGAACACAUACCAAGGUGCCGUGUUUAACAAUAUGAUUAGGCGCUCGGAGAUUGUGCAGGGUCAAGGCUUUGCUUUGGCUAUGGAUUGUGAUGGUGUGAGGACGGCUUUGGAUGAUGGAAUUGGUGCUGAUGAAGGGUCGCUGACGGAGACGAGGGAGAAUGGUGUAUCUGGCGAAUUGAAUGAGUAUCCCCCGCUCGAGUUCUUCGAUCAGACGACGGGAUUGAUCGUGGUUGGCUUCGGCGACUUGGGCCCUGGCUCAUACUCAGCCGAGGUGACGAUCGACGAAGGCUCCGCUGAAAUAGCUUACAUCGUUGAUAACCUGGGAGACGAACUAGCUGCAGUCGCAGAUCGUCUCCGAGCAGGAGAUACACAGACGCUAACAUGGGAAGUCUCUCCCGACGGUGAGCUGAUGGGUGUGGGCCUCGUUAUCCCCACUCUCGUCAAUGGAACAAAGGUCUCUUGGAAGUUCCAGGAGACGGGACCACCCUCCACGACCGGAACUAGAGGCAGGGGUAGCCAGACAACGAUUCGGGGUGGGUCGUCGACAGGGUCGCCUGACGAUUUCUUUACUGGUGGGGCUUUUCAAAUGGUGGUAAAUCGUGAGUUUUGGAAGGGUGUGGUGGGGAUGGCGGCUUUAGGAGUCGUGUUGGUGUGGAUCUAGUUCAUCAAUUGAACGGAAGCACGACUCGGUCUACUCCCUUUCUGUAAACGAUACAUAUGAUUACGAUUUCAUUGUUAAGUAUACCCUCAGGCUACCUAAACGAACCAUUUAUUAUCG